GGUACGUGAAACCCGGUCGGCCCGAUCCAGGGGUACGGACGCGAUAGCAUCAAACGCCGGGGAGGCAGCUCGGGGGGGAGGCCACCGGACGCGAGGGCGAGGCGAGAGCGCAUCGCAUAUUCGCAUUGGCGUGGGCGAGGGGUCGCCUCCGGUAUAAAAUCUCCCGCACCGCACCUGCAUCUCCCCAUCACAGUGCGCCACCCGCCCCCAUCACCACAACCACCACCAAGGCCAAUCGGAAGCUAGACAGGACGCGCCUUCGACGAGGAGCGGCGCCGGCCAGCAAUGGAUUCCGACUACGGCGUGCCGCGCGAGCUCUCGGAGGUGCAGAAGAAGCGCGCGCUUUACCAGCCCCAGCUGCCCCCCUGCCUCCAGGGCACUACGGUGAGGGUGGAGUAUGGUGAUGCGGCAAUUGCUGCUGAUCCUGCAGGGGCUCAUGUGAUCAGCCACGCGUUCCCUCACACCUACGGGCAGCCCCUUGCUCAUUUUCUCCGGAAGACGGCUGUUGUCCCUGAUGCUACCGUCAUAUCAGAGCACCCUGCAGUCAGGGUUGGCGUUGUCUUCUGUGGAAGGCAGUCACCAGGAGGCCACAAUGUUGUUUGGGGACUCUAUGAGGCUAUCAAGGCUCACAACCAAAACAGCAAACUCAUUGGUUUUCUUGGUGGAUCUGAUGGCCUGCUUGCACAGAAAACCUUGGAGAUCACCGAUGAAGUUCUUUCUUCAUAUAAAAACCAAGGUGGUUAUGAUAUGCUUGGUCGGACAAAGGAUCAGAUUAGAACAACAGAGCAAGUCAAUGGUGCAAUGGCCAGUUGCCAGGCUUUGAAGUUGGAUGCUCUGGUGAUCAUUGGAGGUGUCACAUCCAAUACUGAUGCUGCUCAACUUGCCGAGACUUUUGCUGAGGCGAAGUGUGCAACGAAGGUUGUAGGUGUUCCUGUAACUUUGAAUGGGGACCUUAAGAACCAGUAUGUUGAGACUACUGUUGGCUUCGACACCAUAUGCAAGGUGAACUCACAACUUAUAAGCAAUGUCUGCACUGAUGCUCUGUCUGCCGAGAAGUAUUACUACUUUAUUCGUCUGAUGGGGCGGAAGGCUUCUCAUGUGGCGUUGGAGUGCGCUCUUCAAUCGCAUCCGAACAUGGUUAUCCUAGGUGAGGAGGUGGCUGCAUCCAAACUUACAAUUUUUGAUAUUACAAAGCAAAUAUGUGAUGCAGUUCAGGCAAGGGCUGCAAAAGACAAGAAUCAUGGGGUCGUGCUUAUUCCUGAGGGCCUUGUGGAGAGCAUUCCUGAACUAUAUGCCCUGCUUCAGGAAAUUAAUGGCCUCCAUGGUAAAGGUGUUUCCAUUGAGAAAAUCUCUUCUCAGCUUUCACCUUGGGCAUCUGCACUAUUUGAGUUUUUGCCCCCGUUUAUCAGGAAACAGCUACUUCUCCAUCCUGAAUCUGACGACUCAGCUCAACUUUCUCAGAUUGAGACUGAAAAGCUUCUAGCACAAUUAGUUGAGACGGAAAUGAACAGACGUUUGAAGGAAGGCACUUACAAAGGAAAGAAGUUCAAUGCAAUAUGUCACUUUUUUGGCUACCAAGCUAGGGGUGCAUUGCCUUCAAAGUUCGACUGUGAUUAUGCCUAUGUUUUGGGGCAUGUGUGCUACCACAUCUUAGCUGCUGGUUUGAACGGUUACAUGGCUACUGUGACAAAUCUUAAGAGUCCAGUGAACAAAUGGCGAUGCGGUGCAGCUCCUAUUUCGUCUAUGAUGACUGUGAAGCGAUGGUCGCGUGGCCCUGCAGCCACUCAAAUUGGGAAGCCUGCUGUUCACAUGGCUAGCAUCGACUUGAAAGGAAAAGCAUAUGAGCUGUUGAGACAGAAUUCUUCCAGCUUUUUGUUGGAAGACAUCUACAGAAACCCAGGGCCGCUCCAAUUUGAAGGACCAGGUGCUGAUUCAAAGCCUAUUUCAUUGUGCGUCGAGGAUCAAGACUACAUGGGCAGGAUAAAGAAAUUGCAGGAAUACCUAGAGAAGGUGAAAAGCAUGGUAAAGCCUGGGUGCUCGCAGGAUGUGCUUAAAGCGGCGUUGAGUGCCAUGUCUUCUGUGACGGAAACACUGAAUAUCAUGACUUCGUCUUCCACUGGCCAGACACCACUCUGAGUCAAACGGAACCAUUUUAUGGCGUGGAUCAUAGUCCACGCGUUCCCCUGGUGGCCUUUUCCUGCGAUUGUUGGGGUUAGAAACAGUGGCCUUGCUAUACCACGGGUUAUUCUUUCGUUGUUUUUGAAGAGUUUUGUCAGUUUUGACUCCGGUAGUUUACGAGGAUUUGUUGUUGAUGAGUUUGAACUGGAAUAAUUGUUCAAACAGCCGACUGUGACCUCUUAAUAAACCAAAAUUUUCUACUA